GGCCAGCUGAUGGCAGGCGGCAACUGACUCACCGACCGACCAGACCGACUCCGUGCUUGAACGAAUGAGCUCCGUCUAACCAAAGAAAGGGAAACGAGCGCGAGCAUCGUGCACGCACUGCAUUUAGUCAUUUCGCCUACGUUAUUAGUGAAUAGUGACAUGGAAGAUAUUGAUUAUCGAUAGAGGAUUACUUCGGCCGCCAAGGUUAAGUCAUUCUACUUGGUGAGGACGCGGCGCGCUCGCGAGACGAUGUGUGAUGUGGCGGCCAGGCGGUGCGCCGGUAUGACGGGGCCGGGCGAGGAGGCCCCAGCCCCGGCCGUUGGCGCCGCUGGCGAGGCCGUGGCCGCGGUCAGAUGAUGCUCCUCUGGCGCUGUGUGAUGCUGGUGCUGGCGGCGCGGGCAGCGGCGGCGGAGAGCAGCGCAGGCCCGGAGGCGGGCCCGGGGCCGCUGGCCGAGGCGGACGCGGCGCCUCCCCCGGAGCCGCCUCCGGGGCCCGCGCCCGACCCGGAGCCGGAGCCGGGCCUCCACCACCCGGAGGGGCUGCUGCCGGGCGGGCCGGCGCUGCGCAGCCCGCGCGUCGUGCACACGCGCUCGGGCCCGCUGCAGGGCCUCAUCCUGUCCAUGGACGGCGCGGGCGCGGGCCAGCGCUCGCUGCAGCCCGUCGAGGCCUUCCUGGGCGUGCCGUACGCCACGCCGCCCGUCGGCGGCAACCGCUUCAGCCCCACGCGCGCGCCCAGCCCCUGGGACGAGGUGCGCGUCGCGGACCGGGUGCGGCCCGCCUGCCCGCAGCGCCACCCGGACCUGCUCAACGAGACCGCCGCCAUGGAGAGGAUGCCGCGGGGGCGGCUGCUGCAGCUGCGCCGGCUGCUGCCCUACCUGCGCGCGCAGAGCGAGGACUGCCUCUACCUCAACAUCUACACCCCGGCACAGGGUGAGUUUCACAGACUGCGCUUGCGCUGCCGAGGCCAGAAGGACGAGGCCAGGGCGAGGCCAGGACGGGGCCAGGGCGAGGCCAGGACGGGGCCAGGACGAGGCCAGGACGAGGCCAGGAUGAGGCCAUAG